AUGAGCCCCAGCCUCUCUCGGGAAGCGCCUGGCAGCAGUCCACUAGGCACAGAAGGUAGCUGCUACUGGACGACAGAGCUUGAUGGCGAGGUAAGGCUGCGCAUGAGCAAGAAUGUGGAGAAUGAGCCUCCGGUCACCGUGCCCGACCUAAUCAUGAGGGCUGCCACCAAGUACUCGCACUACCUGGCGAUAGGCUCCAAGUACAAGAAGAGCUGGCAGCUGCUCACCUACAUCGAAUACUACGAGGCCUGCCGACGCGCAGCCAAGGCCUUCCUCAAGGUGGGCCUGGAACGCUUCCAUGGUGUGGGCAUAAUGGGCUUCAAUUCCACGGAGUGGGUGAUUGCCAGCAUUGGAGCCAUCAUGGCAGGCGGCAUCUCUGUGGGUAUCCUGUGCAGCAUCUCACCCAAAGCGUGCCAGGUCAUUGCCGAAGCCUCCAAGAUGGACAUCAUCUUGGUGGACAAUGACAAACAGCUCCAGAAAGUCAACCAGAUCCAGGGCUACCUGAAGCAUCUCAAGGCCAUCAUACAAUACAGAGAAGACAUCCAGGAAGUACAGCCCAAUCUAUACUCGUGGAAAGGCUUCCUGGACCUCGCAGAUGGCAUCUCGGAUGAAAAACUGGACCAAAUCAUCGACUCACAGAAGCCUAACCAGUGCUGUGCUUUGGUGUACAACCAGGGCACCAUAGGGACCCCAAAGGUCAUGAUGCUCAGCCACGACAACAUCACAUGGACCACAGCAGCCACCGUUCAGAGCCUGGGGUACAAGUGUCCACCUGAUGGUCAGGAGGUCCUUGUGAGCUACCUGCCGCUCUGCUACGCUGGGGUCCAGAUCUUAGAUAUGUGGGUGGCCAUCUCCGUGGCUGGAACAGUCUACUUCCCCUCAUCGGAGGCAGGGAAGGGGAGUGGACCACCACAAGCCCCUGGCACAGGCUUCCUGACAGAGAUGCUCCGCGAAGUCCAGCCCACCACGUUCUGCGGCAUCCCGUGGGUGUGGGACCGUAUGCUGGACAACCUGAAGACCAAACACCUGGACUCCACCGCCUUCCGCAGGAAGAUCGACCGCUGGGCCAUGCGUGUGGGACUCAGCACCCACAGGAGGCGGCUGCAGGGGCAGGUCCACCAGCCACUGUGCUUCGGCAUGGCCAAGAGGCUGACCUUCGACCCUGCCAGGAAGUUCCUGGGUCUCAACCAUUGCCAGCAGUUCCUGAACCUGGGUCUGGGGCUGCCGAGGGCCACGGUGGACUUCUUCCUCGGCCUGAACAUCCCCAUCUUUCAGCUGUACGGCUUGACCGAGAGCAGUGGACUGCACACUCUGUCCAGCCACCAGGCUUUCCGACUCCUGAGCUGUGGGAAGGCACUGCCCAACUGUCACACAAAGGUGGAAAAAGAGAACCGCGAAGGCAUCGGAAAGUUGUCUAUGUGGGGCCGCCACAUCUUCAUGGGGUACCUCAAAGACAAGGCAAGCACGGAGAAGAUGAUGGACAACCAGGGCUGGCUACACACAAACGACCUGGGCUUCUUGGAUGUUGACAAGUUCCUCUAUGUCAUGGGGAACAUCAACGAUAUAAUCACGCUGAGUUCGGGCGAAAUGGUCAACCCGAGUCCCAUUGAGGAGCGAGUGAAGACGCGCAUCCCCAUUGUGCGCUACGUGAUGCUGGUGGGCCAGGAUGCCCCAUACCUGUGCGCCCUCCUCACGUUAAAGUGUCAGAUCAAUCCGGAGACUGGAGAGGCUCGGGGCGCCCUGACCAGCGAGGCCGUGGCCUGUUGCCGGAAGCUGCGGAGCCGGUCCACCUGGCUGACAGAUGUCCUAGAAAACCGUGACCCCUUGGUCACAGAGUUCAUCAACCAGGGCAUCCAGGACGUGAAUGCGGAGGCACCCUCGGAGGGCGCCAAGAUCAUUAAGUGGGUCGUUCUAGACAGCGAUUUCUCUGUUGGCGGUGGGGAGCUCGGGCCCAUGUCCAAACUGAACAGGGCCAUUGUGACGAAGAUAUACCAGGAGGACAUCCAGAAGUUCUACGAGAUAAGCACCUAG